AUGUCUUUCCAGCCAACACAGAUUUUCGAGGAGGGCACGACGGAGGAAAAGGGCGAGAAUGCGCGUCUCGCAGCCUUUGUCGGUGCCAUAGCCGUCGGCGACCUGGUGAAGAGCACGCUGGGCCCCAAGGGCAUGGACAAGAUUCUGCAGUCGGCUUCCACGGGCGAAAUUAUGGUGACGAACGACGGUGCUACGAUUCUCAAGUCGAUUGCGCUCGACAACGCGGCUGCAAAGGUCCUGGUCAACAUCUCGAAGGUGCAGGAUGACGAGGUCGGUGACGGAACGACAUCGGUGACGGUCCUGGCCGCCGAGCUGCUGCGAGAGGCCGAGAAGCUCGUGGACCAGAAGAUUCACCCUCAGACCAUCAUCGAGGGCUACAGAAUAGCGAGCCAAGCGGCGCUCAAAGCUCUGACAGAUUCGGCCGUCGACCACAGCAAGAACGCGGAGGAUUUCCGCAAGGAUCUGCUAUCGAUCGCCCGCACCACGCUCAGCUCCAAGGUCCUCGCGCAGGAUCGGGAUCAUUUCGCGCAGCUCGCGUGCGACGCCGUGCUCCGACUCAAGAAGUCGUCGGACCUCAGCCACAUUCAGAUCAUCAAGAAGGCCGGCGGGAAACUGAGCGAGUCGUACCUCGACGAGGGGUUCAUUCUGGACAAGAAGAUUGGCGUCAACCAGCCGAAGCGACUGGAGAAGGCCAAGAUCCUGGUGGCAAACACAUCGAUGGACACGGACAAGGUCAAAAUCUUUGGCGCUCGCGUCAAGGUCGGCUCCACCAACAAGCUGGCGGAGCUGGAGAAGGCGGAGAAGGACAAGAUGAAGGCCAAGGUGGAGAAGAUCAAGGCUCACGGCAUCAACUGCUUCAUCAACCGGCAGCUCAUCUACAACUGGCCGGAGCAGCUCUUCACCGACGCCGGCAUCAUGUCGAUCGAGCACGCCGACUUUGACGGCAUCGAGCGGUUAGCGCUGGUGACGGGCGGCGAGAUCGCGUCCACGUUUGACCACCCCGAGCAGGUGAAGCUCGGCCAGUGCGACCUGAUCGAGGAAGUCAUCAUCGGCGAGGACACGCUCAUCAAGUUUUCCGGCGUGGCGGCGGGCGAGGCGUGCACGAUCGUGCUUCGCGGCGCGACGGACCAACUGCUGGACGAGGCGGAGCGCAGCCUGCACGACGCGCUGGCGGUGCUGUCGCAGACGGUGCUGGAGCCGAGAACAACGUUGGGCGGCGGCUGCGCCGAGAUGGUCAUGGCCAAGGCGGUGGACGGAGCGGCGACGCGGAUCGAGGGCAAGAAGCAGCUUGCGGUGACGAGCUUUGCCGUAGCGCUGCGGCAACUGCCGACGAUCCUCGCCGACAACGCCGGUCUCGACUCGGGCGAGCUCGUUUCACGGCUUCGGAAGACGAUAUACGACGGCCUGACGACGUAUGGCCUCGAUCUCAUGACGCCCGGCGGAGACAUUGUGGACAUGCGCGAACACGGCGUGAUUGAAAGCUACAAGCUGAAGAGAGCGGUCGUCUCCUCCGCCAGCGAAGCGGCCGAGCUACUUCUCCGAGUGGACGACAUUAUCCGGGCGGCUCCUAGGAGACGCGACCGAAUGUGA